UCUCUUAGUGUUCGAGAAGCUUCUCGACGGGAAUUUCGAAGCCGAAAGCUCGAGACGCGGCGCGUUUUUCCGAUUUGCUCCUCAACGUAUCGCUCGUAUGCGCGAUCGAGGAUGAAAGGAUGAAAGAGUGCGCGUUCAUCGUGAUCGCUGGAUGAAUUAGCUGAGAUAAUCGAAUUGCACUAUGGCUUUUAAUAUGGAUCAAAGAUUACUCGCCGCUGUCGCAGUCGUCGUGGUCGUUUUGUCGAUGGCAGCAGUCCCAGGCAGCCAUGGCGCAUCGCGUCUAAUCAAAAUUGGUGCAAUCUUUCAUGAAGGCGACGAGGACCACAUGGCUGCGUUUGAAAAGGCUGUGGAGGAAGCGAAAUUCGAGCACGUCGCACCCGCAUUCGAGCUGGAUCCCGUCAUAAUAAAGGUGAAGGUUAAUACCGACAGCUUCAGGACCGCCGUCGCUGCUUGCCAGCUAUUGGAUCAGGGUGUGGCGGCAAUCUUCGGCCCUUCGAGCCCGUCCACUUACGGAAUUGUCGCGAGCAUCGCGGCGCGGUACGACGUGCCUCACAUCGACUAUUUCUGGCGGCUGAACGAGGAGUUGCAGGCCGACCAGGAGCCAAAGAACCCGAAACCUAUGACCAUCAACGUGUUUCCCGACAGCGACAUGGUCGGCCAGGCGAUCGCAGACGUGGCCGUGUCCAUGAAAUGGAACACUUUCGCGGCCGUCUACCAAAACAACGACGGCCUCUCGCGAAUUCAAAAGGCCCUGUCGAUGAGGCGGAAGAAGGACAGCGUGAUCACGAUCAGAAGGCUCGGCGAUGGACCGGAUUAUCGAUCGGUCCUGAAGGAGAUUCGCUCUCUGUCCAUCUGCAACGUGAUCGUCGACGUAGAGCCGAAUAACAUCAUCGAGGUCCUCUAUCAGGCGAAGGAGGUCAAGCUGCUGGCGGACUACUGUAAUUUCUUAAUUACUUACCUGGACUCGACGAAAAUUCCCAUGUGGGAGGUGAGAAAUAAAACAACCACCAAUAUUACUGGACUCAGUUUGCGAGAAAAUGACGUGGAAGGGAUUAACUGGGUGGAGUCGGCAGUGCUGUACGAUGCAGUCUUCCUGGUGUACAACGCAUUGGAGGCCUUGAACGCAAGGAACAAGGACAGCAACGCGUCUGUAACUAUUGACCCGGUACCGCUCUCUUGUGAAAACGAGGAGAAAUACAGCGCAGGUCCCAACAUUACCAACCUGAUGCGCGAGCUAUCGAAUCAAGGGAAGAUCACAGGGCCGAUAACGAUAGACGAAAAUGGUCGACGGCAGUUCUUCAACGUGCGAAUCAUGGACGUGAGAGAAGGAGAAAGCGUGCAAACAGGGUACUGGGAUCCGGAUGGUCUUCACUCGAUCGACAGCGAACAGGAACGCGAGAAUUACUUGUACAAAUCCAUCGAGCAGAAGAAGUUCAAGAUCAGUACCAAACUAGGCCCGCCGUACGUAAUGGAAGUGACGGAUAGCGCAACUCGAGGUAUACUGAUCGAGCAAACGCGGUACGAGGGCUUCUGCAUUGAUCUCAUCGAGGAGAUUGCCAAGCUGCUGAAUUUUAAAUAUGAGUUCGAAUUAGUGCCAGACGGUAAAUACGGCACGUACGACAAGGAAACAAAGCAGUGGAACGGUUUAAUCAGACGUUUACUGGAUCGUGACGCGGAUUUAGCAAUUUGCGACCUGACAAUCACGUACGAGCGUGAAAGCGCGGUCGAUUUCACGAUGCCAUUCAUGAACCUAGGUAUCAGCAUUUUAUCCAGAAAACCGGAGGAGAAGGAGCCGGAUCUGUUCUCCUUCCUGUCACCGUUGUCAACCGACGUCUGGAUUUACAUGGCGACUGCUUUCUUAGCAGUUUCGAUAAUGCUGUUCCUGCAAGCUAGAAUGGCGCCUGGCGAAUGGGACAAUCCGCAUCCGUGCAAUCCAGACCCGGAGGAAUUGGAAAAUAGUUUCGACCUGAAAAACUCCAUGUGGCUUACCGUUGGCUCUAUCAUGCAACAAGGCUCUGAUAUACUUCCCAAGGCACCUUCCAUCCGGAUGGUGGCUGGCAUGUGGUGGUUCUUUACGCUGAUUAUGGUCUCCUCCUACACCGCCAACUUGGCCGCCUUUUUGACCGUCGACAAAAUGGACAACCCAAUUAAGGGCGUCGAAGAUCUCGCUAAACAGACGAAGGUCAAGUACGGAGCAGUAGACGGUGGAUCCACGUCCGCCUUCUUCAGGGAUUCCAAUUACUCGACCUACCAACGCAUGUGGGCCGCCAUGAUGGAAGCCAGGCCGAGCGUGUUCACGAAAAGCAACGACGAGGGCGUGGAUCGAGUGUUGAAGAAACGUGACUACGCUUUUCUCAUGGAGUCCACCACGAUCGAAUAUAGAAUGGAAAGGAACUGUGAUCUCGAUAAGGUCGGAGGUCUUAUCGAUAACAAGGGAUACGGUAUCGCCCUUCCACGAAAUUCCCCGUAUAGGACGCCCAUCAGCGGCGCGAUACUGAUGCUGCAAGAAAAAGGGUUGCUCCAGGACCUGAAGAAGAAAUGGUGGGAGGAACGCGGCGGUGGAUUGUGCUCGAAGGUCGACCAGGAGCCAACAGUGUCGAGCGAAUUAGGGUUGGCCAACGUCGGUGGUGUUUUCUUGGUCCUCCUGAUCGGAUGUUGCGGCUCGUUCGUCAUCGCCGUCUUUGAAUUCCUGUGGAAUGUACGAAAGGUCGCUGUAAAGGAGAAGGUUACACCGUUGGAGGCUCUGGUAGCGGAAUUGAAAUUCGCCGUGAACAUUUGGGCGGAGACGAAACCCGUUAAAAUCUCGAAAAGCAGCGGCACGAGUUCGAUGGAGGGUGGCAUCGGUCGGGCGGCCUCCACGGCCCGCUCAAUCGUCGGCUCGUUCCUUCAUCUCGACAUCCUCGACAAAUUCGAUAAAGAUAACAGUACCAACAAUCGCAGCGACGAUCGCAAGAUCAAUUAAAAUUCCAGCGAAUCCUUAUGCUAUUACGGAUUAAGAUCGGUUUGUUACAAAUUAGAAAUGAGCGAUU